AUGGAGUCUAAAAAACAUUUUGUAAACACAGAAAAUCCCAAGCAAAUAUCCAUGGACGAUCUUUAUAAUAAUUUUUCACGCGAUGCAAACCUGGUAACUACCGAUACUUGUAGAUCUCCUUCUUUAUUGCAAGAGCAAACGCUACCACUGUCCUCAGUCUACGCUAGUCAGACUAUGGAAGCUGAAUGUUAUGCUCAUCCAAUUGAUGACGAAAUGACAAACGGUACUGGUUUUCCAGAAGCUUCAGAAGAUGUUAUUGUACCAGGUCCUAGCAGUAGAGCAAGAUCCCAUUCAACUAGCUCAACAUCAUCUUCGAGUUCAUCAUCAACAAGAUCAACCUCAUCAUCUUCAUCUAGUGCGUCUGAAUCGGGUAAGGAUUUUUCCCCUGAUGAAGCAGAUUGUGAUCCUGAUUACAUACCGGAAACCCCACCACAGCGUGUAUCGUUUAGCCCAACGCCUCAAAGUAGUAUUUCUGUGCCACUAGUUGAAGAAAAUAAUUUGGAUCUUCCAGAAGAAAACAGAACUCCGAUAUAA